AUGGAUGUUAAAACUAUGUUGACUUAAAUACCUUCCUUUUAGUUUAUAAUAAAUAUUUAUAAAAGUAUAGUUGACUUAUUUACAAGAUCAUCUAUGAAAUUGUAGAGUUAAUUAAAGAACUUAGAUAUCUAUAUUUUAUAUAUUUUGAUAUCUCUAUUAAACUCUGAGAUAAUGCACUAAGAAACUUAUGAUUUUAAUAAUGUUUUCAAGAUAUCUAUAAGUUAUUGUAAUGCUGUAAAAUUAUUUAAAGUAAGUGUCUCCAGAUAUAUUAGAAAGUAAAAGAUCCUUUAUAUUUAAUGUUCAUCCAAUAUUUAAAAUAUUCUCCAUCUAAAAUUAACAAAAAGUAAGUUUGCUUUAUUGAUACCAAUUAUUACUAAGAAAUAGAAUCACACACUCAAUUCUCAAUUUAAACAAGAACCAAAAUAACCUGGUUUAGGUAUAGGUCGUAGUUGA